AUGCAGAUACGUCUUCGUGGGACGGCUAGAGACUGGUACGACGAUCUGGACGACUACGAUUUCACGUGGAAGGGGUGGAAGGACGCUCUAGAGACCGCGUUCCCACGUUCUACUGACUUUAUAGAUCUACUUGAAUCUAUGCUCGCUAGAAAGAAAACGAAUUCGGAAAUGCGAUACACCACAGCAACUAUACUAUACUAUACUACGCAUAUUUGUCGUCACUGGAAAACUACAAACAAGUUGAAGCUAGCCAUCCGCGACUGGCUACCACGUGGAGAAGAGGGGGCGCCGUUGCUCCAAUUGCAAGAGGAACCGACUUUCAACCGAAGAAAUGUUACGCUUGCCGAAGAGAAGGUCAUGAAGCAAAGGACUGCAAAGUGCCGCGCUGUGAGGUGUGCCAUCGCCCGGGCCACACGUCGGCCAGCUGCUGGUAUGCGGCCAGCUCUUCACACCCAAAAGUGA